AUGCGUGGUGGUCAUCGUGGUGCCUUUCGAAGCCCAAAUUCUAAAAGGCUUCAUAGAUCUUUUUCUCCUCCUCGACCCAAAACUCCUCGUCGGGUUCGAGCUAGGACACCACCACCCCAAAGAACUCCUUUUUCUAUAAGAACCCCUCCUCGAGAAAGAAUGGCCGGAAACGGUGAAGGCGAAAUGCCGCCGGUUGUGCCCGAAAGGACUAUGAGCGACUAUUUGAAUCCGGCCCGUACUACUCCGCGGCCCACUAUAGUCCUUCCGGCCGCAACCGAGGCGAAUAACUUCACCGUUAAAAUGCAUCACAUUAACAUGAUGCCUUCUUUUUAUGGGAAAGACAAAGAAUGUCCGUACACUCAUAUGCGGGCAUUCGAGGAGUUGGUAUCAACAAUAGUGUCCACGCCCGCUCAACUUGAGUCCGCAAAGCUAAAACUUUUCCCAUUUUCUGUGAAAGACAAAGCCAAGAUUUGGUUGAAUAACAUGAGGCCCCAAUCCAUGGCGAAUUGGGCGGAUUUAUCAAAGGCUUUUUACAUGAAAUUUUUCCCCCCACAUCUCACAAAGGAACUCAUGAAUCAAAUUCAAACUUUUAAACAAAAAGAGGGGGAAUCAUUUUAUCAAUAUUGGGAGAGGUACAAAGAUUUGCUAAACUCUAUUCCACACCAUGGCUUACCGGUUUUUCAAAGAGUCGAGUAUUUGCUAAAGGGAUGCUUUCCAAGCACUCGACUUCUUAUGGAUAGCAUGUGUGUGGGUGGAGUUAUGGCCAAAACCCCUGAUGCGGCGUGGGACUAUUUUGAGGAGUUAUCUGAAAAAACUCAAAACUGGGAUUGCUCGGACCCUUCCGAAAAGAACAUGGUUAAUUCAGUUCCGAGCAAUUCCGGAAAAUUUCAAUUGAAUGAGCAAAAUGAGCUAGCCCACAAGGUCGCCCAGCUUUCCCGCCAAAUUGAAACUUUACAACUCAACAAAGUUGCUGGGAUGGCCUCUGUGGCCAAGGCGGAAGAAAUUUGUGUGUUGUGUGAAAUUGCAGGUCAUGCUACGGGAGAUUGCCAAAUGCUCCCGGCCGUUAAGGAUAUUCUUCAAGGAACCGGGCAAGCGGAGGUCAAUGCCGUUAAUCAACGGUUUGACCCUUAUUCUCAAACUUUCAAUCCGGGGUGGAAAAUGCAUCCUAAUUUCCGGUGGAGCGAUUCUCAACCUCCCGGACCUCCACAAGUUCCACCACCUCAACAACACCAAGCUUUUCGGCCUCCGCAAUCUCAAGGAGCGCCGAGAUUCUCACAACAUCAACAACCUCCGGGGUUUGCGCCUCCGGGACCUCCUCAUGGGCAAAAUCAAUUCCAACCUCAAAAGCGGUCCUUGGAGGAUAUUAUGUCAUCUUUUAUGCAAAGUCAAACGUCCCUCAACGAGCAAACCACUCAAACGCUCGGGGAAAUCAAGAAUCAAAUGGCAAAGUUGACCAAUACGAUGGGGAUGCUCCAACAAGAAAAGGGGAAACUUCCGACUCAACCCCAAGUAAAUCCGCAAGGAACUAAUUAUGUGGCGAGCUCUUCGGUGCUUAGUCCCGAGCAAGCCAAGUCUAUUACAACAUUGCGGAGUGGCAAGGAGAUUGAUAAGGCUAUUCCUCCAAAGCCUAUCAAGCCAAGGGUUACACCCAUUGUAUCGCAAGCUCCGGACCUUCUUAUUGACUCACCAACCUCGGAGCCCUCUCCCGUUGGUGAGCAUCCGGAAAACUCUCAAGUGGAAGAGCCUAAGGCCCCCGUUGCCAACAUUCCGGCUCCUUUUCCCCAACGUUUGAAAGCUCCGGCCCAUGCCAAUACCAACUCCGAGAUCUAUGAGCUUUUCAAACAAGUGAGAAUCAAUAUCCCGUUGGUGGAUGCCAUCAAGCAAAUUCCCACGUAUGCCAAGUUUCUCAAAGACUUAUGCACUCAAAAGCGUAAAUUGAAUGUUCAAAAGAAGGUUUUCUUGACGGAACAAGUGAGUUCUAUUAUUCAAACCAACGUGGUUCCCAAGUAUAAAGAUCCGGGUUGUCCAACCAUCUCAAUUACUAUUGGGGACAAGAAGAUUGAAAAAGCCCUCCUCGAUUUGGGGGCUAGUGUGAACUUGCUUCCGUAUUCUGUUUAUGAACAACUUGGAUUGGGGGAGAUGAGACCUACGCCGGUGACACUUCAAUUGGCCGAUAGGAGCAUUCGAGUCCCGAGAGGGAUGGUGGAGGAUGUACUAGUACAAGUGGACAAUUUUAUCUAUCCCGUGGAUUUCGUUGUGUUGGAUACUUGCCCCGUACCCGCCUCACAAGCGUCAACGUCAACUCCGGUCAUUCUCGGGCGUCCAUUCCUAGCCACGGCCGAUGCCGUUAUCCAUUGCCGAAGUGGUUUGCUCAACCUUACUUUUGGCAACAUGAAGAUGGAGGUGAACGUUUUCAAUAUCGGGAGCCAAAUGGGGGACGAUGAGUGCAUCCAUGACGUCAAUCUUAUUGAUUCUUUGGUCCAAGAGCAUGUGGACACUUUCUUGUACAAGGAUCCGUUGGAGGUGUGUCUCACCGCCGAAGAAGAAAAUUUCCUUGAUUCACCGGAGGUGGAGUAUUUAUGUUCAUUGCUUGACGUCGAAGAUGUUUGUGGGACGGACAUAUGGUCUCCUAAAUUCGAAGAGUUGCCUCAUCUCGAGAGCAAGACCCUUCCCUCGAGUAUUCAACCACCAAAACUCGAGUUGAAGGUCCUCCCGGAAACAUUGAAAUAUGCCUUUUUAGGUGAAAAUGAAACUUACCCGGUGGUGAUCUCCUCCUCUCUCGUCGGCUCGCAAGAAUCCCAACUCCUUGAAAUUCUAAAGCGGCAUACCAAAGCCAUUGGUUGGUCUAUCGCGGAUAUCAAAGGGAUAGAUGCUUCAAUUUGUUCCCACCACAUUGCCCUCGAAGAUGAUGUCAAACCUUCUCGCCAACCCCAACGCCGGUUGAAUCCCAUAAUGAAAGAUGUGGUGAAGGCGGAGGUUUUGAAACUCUUGGAUGUGGGAAUUAUCUACCCGAUCGCCAACAGCAAGUGGGUUAGUCCUAUCCAAGUGGUCCCCAAGAAAUCCGGUGUCACGGUGGUUCCCAACGCCAACAAUGAAUUGGUCCCUACACGAGUCACCACCGGAUGGCGUGGGAUCGAAGUCGACAAGGCCAAAAUUGAUCUCAUUGCCACCCUCCCGACCCCUAAAUGUGUCAAGGACAUCCGCUCUUUCCUCGGGCAUGCCGGUUUCUACCGGCGUUUUAUCAAAGAUUUUAGUGCAAUAUCUCGGCCGUUGUGCCACCUCCUUUCAAAGGAUACUCCAUUUGAGUGGACUCCGGCCUGUGAAGAAGCGUUCAAGAAGUUGAAAUCAAGCCUCACUUCUCCCCCCAUUGUGCAAACGCCGGAUUGGAAUUUGCCCUUUGAACUCAUGUGUGAUGCUAGUGAUUAUGCGGUUGGGGCGGUUCUCGGGCAAAGGAAAGACAAAAAUCCAUACGUCAUCUAUUAUGCAAGCAAAACUCUAAACGAAGCUCAAAUGAAUUACUCCACCACGGAAAAAGAGUUGCUUGCCGUCGUCUUUGCCUUAGACAAAUUCCGAUCAUAUUUGGUGGGGUCCCCUAUUAUUGUCUACACCGAUCAUGCCGCUUUAAAAUACCUUUUCACGAAGCAAGACGCAAAAGCACGGCUCAUUCGGUGGAUCUUAUUGCUUCAAGAGUUCAAUAUCACGAUUAAGGAUAAGAAGGGAGUGGAAAAUGUGGUGGCGGAUCACUUAUCUCGCUUUGAAUUCGAGGACUCUUCCUCCAAGCUCCCAAUUGUUGAUACAUUUCCGGACGAACAACUUUUUGCCGUUGUGAGUUGCCCUUGGUAUGCCGAUAUAGUUAACUAUCUUGUCACCGGGCGCAUUCCCGAUCAUUGGACCCCGCAAGACCGGAGGCUUUUUCUUAGUGAGGUGAAAAGAUUUUUCUUUGAUGAUCCUUAUCUUUUCAAAUAUUGUUCGGAUCAAAUUAUCCGGCGAUGUGUGUCCGACGAAGAUCAACGGGGGAUUCUCUCAUUUUGCCACACCGAGGCGUGUGGUGGCCAUUUCUCUCAUAAAAAGACCACCGCCAAAAUUCUCCAAUGUGGAUUCUAUUGGCCAAAUCUUCAUAAGGAUGCUUAUGCAUUUUGUCGGGCUUGUGAGCAAUGCCAAAAACUAGGUGCGGUGACUCGGAGGAACAUGAUGCCCCUCACCAAUAUCCUAGUCGCGGAAGUGUUUGAUUGUUGGGGAAUUGAUUUUAUGGGCCCAUUUCCAAAUUCUUACGGGUUCCUUUAUAUUCUCUUGGCGGUGGACUACGUGUCCAAAUGGGUUGAAGCCGUGGCUACACGCACCAACGAUCACGCAGUGGUGCUUGAUUUUCUCAAGGAGCAUAUUUUGUCAAGGUUCGGAACGCCCCGGGCCAUUAUAAGCGAUCAAGGCUCACACUUCUGCAAUCGGCCUUUUGCGGCCCUCAUGAAGAAGUAUGGCAUUACCCACAAGGUAUCCACCGCCUACCAUCCACAAACCAAUGGCCAAGCCGAGCUCGCUAAUCGUGAGGUAAAACACAUUUUGGAAAAAACAGUUAAUCCGAACCGGAAGGAUUGGUCACUUCGUUUGACCGAUGCCUUGUGGGCAUACCGGACCGCGUACAAGACCGUGUUGGGCGCUUCACCCUAUCGGCUUGUCUACGGUAAGGCGUGUCACCUCCCCGUUGAGUUGGAACAUAAGGCAUAUUGGGCCAUAAAAUCUUUAAACUUUCGGUUUCCCGAUGCCGGCGCUCAUCGUAAACUCCAACUCAAUGAACUCGAGGAAAUCCGGCGGGAUGCGUACGAUAAUACCAACAUUUAUAAGUCAAAAGUCAAAGAAUUUCAUGAUAAGAAUAUCCAAAGAAAGAAUUUUGAAGUUGGGCAAAAAGUGUUAUUGUACAAUUCCAAACUCCAUGUUUUUCCCGGAAAAUUGCGAUCUCGUUGGGAAGGGCCCUAUGUUGUGCACCAAGUUUUUCCGCACGGUGCUAUUGAAGUUGUGAAUCCCGCAAAUGGUUAUAUUUUUAAAGUGAAUGGUCAACGUUUAAAACCGUUUUUGGAAAAUUUUACGGUGGAGGAUACAAUGGAGGAGUUAAUUGAUCCGGUUUAUUCGGAUGAUCCGUUGGCCCGGCCUCUUCGGGGGUACCCAUCAUUGACUUGGGUUAUAGCUUCGCACGCCGCUAUUCAAAUAAGGUUCGUGUACCCAGCUCCGGGUGGUGCCCUUCGAAGCAUUUCCGUUGACGAACGGUGGCGAUGGCAAAAAUCCUCCAACUUGGUCGAGGCUUAUAUUUUGGAUGAGAAAGAUUUUGAUGAGGAGAGAGAGCUCGAGGCUAAAUACUGUGAGGAGCCGGAUGAGGAGGACGACUAA